AUGAUGGAUUAUGACUUCAAAGUAAAGACACAAAAAGAGAGGACCAAAGUCGAGGAUUUAUUCGAGUUUGAGGGGUGUAAAGUCGGCAGAGGUACUUAUGGACACGUAUACAAAGCUCGCCGAAAAGAAGGGGUGUCGGAUAGUGAAUUUAAAUCCAGGCCAGACACGAAAGAUUUCGGGCUGAAACAAAUCGAAGGAACUGGACUCUCAAUGUCUGCCUGCAGAGAAAUUGCUUUACUCAGGGAAUUGAAGCAUAUCAAUGUUAUUACACUUAUUAGGGUAUUUCUUUCACACAACGACAGAAAAGUAUCAUUACUAUUCGAUUUUGCUGAACAUGACCUCUGGCACAUAAUUAAAUUUCACAGAGCUGCUAAAGCUAGCAAAAAGCCAGUGAUGGUACCAAAGGGUAUGGUCAAGUCGUUAUUGCAUCAAAUUCUUAAUGGUAUUCAUUAUUUACAUUCCAAUUGGGUUCUUCACAGAGAUUUGAAACCAGCAAAUAUUUUAGUAAUGGGUGAAGGAAAUGAAAGAGGUAGAGUUAAAAUAGCAGAUAUGGGAUUCGCAAGAUUAUUUAACGCUCCUUUAAAACCUCUUGCUGAUCUUGAUCCUGUUGUUGUUACAUUUUGGUACAGAGCACCUGAAUUAUUAUUAGGAGCGAGGCAUUAUACAAAAGCAAUCGAUAUAUGGGCUAUUGGUUGUAUAUUUGCUGAAUUAUUAACUUCCGAGCCAAUAUUUCAUUGUAGACAAGAAGAUAUUAAAACUAGUAAUCCUUAUCAUCACGACCAGUUAGAUCGUAUUUUUAAUGUGAUGGGCUUUCCUUUGGAGAAGGACUGGGAGGACAUUAAAAAAAUGCCCGAACAUCCUACAUUACUAAAAGACUUCAAGCGUUCCAAUUAUGCUAAUUGUUCACUAACCAAGUAUAUGGAUCGCCAUAAAAUAAAACCAGACAGCAAAGCGUUUAGUUUGUUACAAAAAUUAUUAAUGAUGGAUCCAAAUAAACGGAUAACAUCUGAGCAAUCGAUGCAAGACCCCUAUUUCUCAGAAGAUCCACAACCGACUCAAGAUAUUUUUGCUGGGUGUCCGAUUCCGUAUCCGAAGCGGGAAUUCCUCACGGAUGACGAUACUGAUGAAAAGACUGAAAACAAAGCUCGUCAAAACCAGCAGCAAACGCAACCGAAUCAACCGCAGCAAGGAAAUAAUGAGCAUAAUCAUGGUCAAAAUCCAAAACGACCAAGACUGGGUACUCACGGCGCUCCAGAGUUCCACCAACAUCAGAGUCAUGCGAUAACUCACCAGCAGCCUCCUGGGAUGGUUUACUCGACGGCUCAGCCAACUCAGCCUGCUAACUUUCAUCAGCGCUACUAG